AUGGCCGAGAGAAGAGCACACCUCAGAAGUUGCUUGGAGAAAUUAAAGGAUAUGGUACCUCUAGGCCCCGAAGCUUCACGACACACUACAUUAGGAUUAUUAACAAAAGCCAAAAGAUUUAUAAAGAACUUAGAAGAACGGGAGAAGCGACAUUCGAGUCAUAAGGAGCAAUUGGCGAGGGAGCAGCGUUAUCUCCGGCGGAGGCUGGCCCAGCUACGGACGAGCAGAGAUGUUAGGAUUGAUAACAGCAUGCACGCCACCAGGGCUGACUCGCUGUCCUCGCUGGAGUCUUCGUCCGGAGUCUCCACGGAGAGGUCGCCGUCGAGCGUUUCAGAGAGCGAUGAGGUUGACGUAAUAGGUUAUACGUCGAACCAGAGUGACAGCGAGUCUCUAGUGUCGGGCCACAGCGGAGACAGCGGCGUCAGAGUCGGCUCGGGAAGACGUACGAGGCGCAAACACCGCGCACAGAGAUAUACUAGGGUUUAG